AUGGGGAUUUCUGGCUCAAAGGGCAAGCGUAUGUUCCUGUCCAUUCUGAGGCAUAUGCUCUCAGAAAAGGGGUUACGAAUUUCAGAUGAAACUGCUUCUCAGUUUUAUGAGUAUAUGUUGAGGGCAGCACCUUGGUAUCCCCUGGAAGGUUCCCUGACUCUACCAGAUUGGAAAAGGUUAGGUAAAGAUUUGAAAAAGUAUGCUGUUGAUCAUCCUGAGGAACCAAUACCUAGGCAAAUGUUUCCUAUCUGGUUACAGAUCAGAGAUGCUUUAACAGAAAAAUCUGAUUUAGAAUUAUUAACAGAGGAAAUAUGCUCUAAUUUUGAGGAACAACCUUUAAUUUUGACUGAGAAAGAUUGUAAAUAUGGAGCUACAAUAAAGCCGCCUAUUAAAAAGCCUCUAGGUCUAGAAUUGGGAGAUUCUGAUGAUUUGUUUGAUGAAGAGCAAGCUUAUAAGGAUGAGAUGUAUCCAGAGGACAGAGAUCAUGACUUUUUUACAGCCAUGGCUGCUUCGCCUAAAGCAUCUCCAUUUGCUCCUCCUGUUCCUAAACUAAGGAGAAAGCCUCAUCCUCCAAUUGGUUUUCAAGCCAUAUUACAGGAAGCUAAGCAAACUGGAGAUAUAACAUUUGGCUUCCCAGUUAUUAAUGGAGGGCAAGAUGAUGAUGAACCAAAAUGGGAGCCUUUAUCUCUAAAAACUUUGAAAGAAUUACAAGCGGCAGUUAAGACUGCUGGACCAUCGGCUCCUUUUACUCUUCAGGUAUUGGACCUGAUUGCAAGUCAAUGGUUAACUCCUAGUGACUGGCAUCAGACGGCUAAGUCAGUACUGUCUCCCGGAGAUUAUGUAUUGUGGAGAACAGAUUAUGAGGAUAGAUGCAGAAGAUCUAUGGCUACUACCUUGGCACCAUUAGGGAAAAAAGGAAAAACAGCUAACCUGGAUAUGUUAUUAGGAACUGGAAUAUAUAUUACUCCCGAAAGCCAGACUAAACUAUCCAAGGAAGUUCUUAAGGAGGUUAUGGCCAAUGCUGUUUCGGCAUGGAGAGCUAUUCCUCCUGCUGAAGGAUCAGGUACUGUGCUGGCAGGAAUUAAACAAACGUUGGAAGAACUAUAUCAGGCCUUUAUAGCUAGGCUUGAAGAAGCUAUUAAUAGGAUGUUGCCUCCUAGUGAAGGGACUUCCCUCCUUUUAAAACAACUGGCAUGGGAAAAUGCAAAUGCUCUGUGUAAACACUUGAUUAGGCCCAUUAGGAAAACGGGGAACCUUCAGGAUUAUAUCAAGGCUUGUGCUGAUGCCACACCAGCAGUAAUGCAAGGAAUGGCAUAUGCAGCUGCCAUGCAUCGAACCCCUAUUUCUAAAUUUAUCAAGGCCACCUAUGGGGGUGGAAAGAAUGAAAGGAGUUUUACCUGCUAUAAUUGCGGGAAACCAGGUCAUAGGAAAAACGCUUGCCCUGAAGAUGACCAGAAUAAGGGAACAAAGAAAGGAACUACAGCCCCAGGAAUAUGUCCUAGAUGUGAAAAAGGGAAACAUUGGAAAAAUGAAUGUAAAUCCAAGUUCCACAAAGAUGGAACUCCUCUGACUGAAAAGGAAUCAAAAAACUAG